CUCAGGAGCUCAACGAAGGCGCAACAAAGUGCGUCGAUGCUUCACUGUCACCUGUACGUGAAAGGAACACCUGUUGCCGGCGGGUUUUCAGAGAGAAAAAGCUCGCGUUUCAGGUGGUUUACCACGCCACAAAGGAGCAGGGCCUACUUUUGGUGUUUCCACACGGAGCAAACUGAAGCAUAAGAUGGACUAAAAAGAAGGACCACACGAAGGAUGUGUUUUUAGAAGGAAACGACCAGCUGUCAGAAACCGUGCCACAGAUUGAACAUGCUGCAGGUUGUAUGAGUGACAGAUAUGGGGCCAGCGAGAUCAUAUUUGCAGACUGUCACUGUGGUGGCAGCUCUUUGCCUGUUUUUGACCCCUAAAGGUGUGAGGCCGGAGGUGCGUGGAAAGGUUGGAGAUGUGGUGGAGCUGGAGUGUAGUUUUCCUCCAUCAGACCCAGCCGCUGUGUCCUCUGCAUCUCUACAUGUGGUAGAAUGGGUUCGACAGGGACUUGACAUCCCUGUCUUGAUCAAAUUUGGAUCGUAUGUGCCUCGGGUCCAUCCACAAUACGAGGGGCGGGUGUCUCUGGUACGAAUCACUGACCUGAGGCUGGAGGGUCUGCAACUGGAUGAUCAGGGCUUGUACGAGUGUCGAAUCCUCUUACUGGAUAAACCAACAGAUGAGCUGCGAAAUGGCACCUGGACUCUGCUCUCUGUAACUGCUCCACCCACCUUCACCGUAGCCCCUCCUCCUGCAGUGGAUACUCUGGUUGGAGGUGACCUCUCUCUUGCCUGUGUUGCCAAUGGCAACCCUACUCCAUCCAUCACCUGGCUAAAGGAUGGCAGUGUAAUUCCAAAAAUAAAUUAUCAGGAAGGAGCCUUAUCUCUGCAAGCAGUGAGCAUGCAGUCAGCAGGACAGUACACCUGCCACGCCUCCAACUCCGAGGGAAACGUGACUCGCGUGACGAAAGUGAAGAUCAAAGGUCCGCCUGUCAUUGUCGUCCCUCCCAAAAGCAUCUCUCUCAAUAUGUCCCAGAAUGCACUUCUGCGGUGCCAGGCGGUGGCUGACCCCCCCAACAUGACCUAUGUGUGGCAGAAAGGUGGAGAAAACGUUCAUCACAUAGAGUCUUUGAAAACGCGAGUGAAGAUUAUGGUAGAUGGAACUCUGCUCAUUUCCAGUCUCAUCCCAGAGGAUUCUGGGACCUACACCUGCAUACCGACCAAUGGCCUGUUGACCCCGCCCACUGCCUCUGCCAACCUCACAGUGAUGCAUCCAGCCCAGGCUCUUCAAAUGCCUCCAGAAACGUACCUUCCCACAGGUAUGGAUGGUGUGGUUACCUGCCAAGUGGCAGCUCAACCUCCACUGCUCCGUGUUGACUGGACGAAGGAUGGAGAACCACUUGACCUGUUCUUGUAUCCAGGAUGGACCUUGACACCAGAGGGCUCUUUGCACAUGGCCACAGUCAAUGAUGAUGCAGCAGGCGUGUACAUGUGCACCCCCUACAACAGCUAUGGCAGCAUGGGUCCAUCUGGGCCAACCAGUGUAAUUCUACAGGACCCCCCAUCGUUCAGCAUCACUCCAGAGAAGCAGUACAAACAGGAGGCUGGAAGGACCCUUCUCAUCCCCUGUCAAGGAAAUAAGGAUUCAACAAUUAAAGUGAUCUGGAGCAAGGUCGACCUGGCUCGUCGCAUCUCGUACUCCAUAGAACCCAAUGGUUCUCUGCUGCUGCAGCCUCUCACCAAGGACCACCAGGGGGCAUGGGAGUGCAGCGUUGCCAAUCGCGUAACCUCGGUGAGGGCCACCACGCAAGUCUUUGUCCUGGGAACCAGUCCCCAUGCUGCUACUUCUCUGUCCGUCUCUCCAGGGGUGAAGCAGGCCAACAUAUCCUGGGAGGCAGGCUUUGAUGGAGGAUCAGCACAGACAUUUUCAGUUUGGGUGAAGAAGAUUUCAGCGAGUGAUAAUGAUGGGAAGCAGGACUGGUUCUCUGUGACUGUGCCCCAGUCCUCUGGCACCAGGCUGCAGGUGACAGGCCUUUCUCCUGCCACCAAAUACCAGUUCAGCGUCCUGUCUCACAAUAAGAUGGGCUCAGGACCCUUCAGCGAGAUCGUCACCACCUGGACCUUGGAGCCUCUACUGAGGAGAGGUAAACUAAAGCCUCCUGCGUCGCUGUCAGCAAAUCGUGGCUCAGCAGGAGUUAUUCUGCAAUGGUCCCUUCCUGAAGCUCAGCACCCUCCCAUCACAGGCUUUGUUCUCCAGUCCUGCUCCGAGCAAGGGGAGUGGUUUAAUUUGGUCGAGGACAUCAGUGCCAACAGUAGCGAGACCAUCGUUCCGGGUCUGCACAAGGAUUGUGUGUACGAGCUACGGCUGCUAUCUCGUAGCGGGGAGUUGCUGAGCGAGCCCAGUCCAUCAGUCAAUGUCUCCACCAUGGGGAUGGAGAUCUACCCCGGCACAUCCCGACUCCUGGAGUUCGUCCCGGAGCCAUUACUGGCUGGCGUGCUGGGCGGGGUCGGUUUCAUGUGCUUGGCACUGGUCUUGCUGCUGGGGUCCGCCUGUGUCAUCAGCCACAGGAGGGACCGGCGCCGCAGAAAGAAGAAGGAUGAGCCCCCUUCAGCCAUCUAUAAAUACUCCCCAUCAAUAAAGACUUCAGGCACCGGCAGUCCAGACAGUGUGUUGAAGAAAAGCCUACUUCCAGCCAGCACCCUCUAUCCCACCACUUCUUCUACCACCACCUCCUCCUCCUCGCAGACAGACUGUUCCUCCCUUAGCACUGAGAAUCAUCAUCGACGGAAGCAUCUCCUGUCCAACUACAGCAGGGGCCGCCUUACUAGGACAACUUCUUCUCCGAUUUCUCCCUCAAUUGAGUUGAUCUCCAGAGGUCCAGAUGGGCGCUUCACACUUCCACAGUUUGACAAUGACACGUUGAGUGUUCACAGCAGGAAAAGUGCAAAGUAUGACCGACCUGCCAGAGUCCGAAGGUCUGUGUCACUGCACUCAGGUGGGGAGGACAGGAAAGAGCCGCCUUUUGUGCUCUCUGUUGAUCUCCCAUCUUGCAGACCAGUGGAGGCCAGUUCCACAAGCCAAAUCUGUGGCAUGGCCCAGCCCCUGCCCCAUCAAAAUCCUUAUAUUUUGGAUCAGAAGGCAAGCUAUGGUGGCUUUCCCGACAUUAGCAGCCUGUGCUCAAACAGCAGUUUGGCCACAAUUCCUCAUCAAGACAGAGGAUUAUCUCCCACAUUUCCAGUGCUCCCACAUAUUCGAUCCAGUCUAGGUCAGCCGUCUACAACUGCCAGCACCCUGGUGCUCCAAAUGGAGCAUGAGCGGGAGAGAGGGAACCUGAGUCGCUGCCUGAAACUGGCUCAGGAGAGGGAGGAGCUCGAGAGGGAGCUCCAGAAGUACACACUGGAAAGAGGCUCUAUGAGGGAAAUGAAGAGAGAGCAGCCAGACUUAGGAGAGAAGAGAGGCUGGUGAUAAUGAAUUUGUCUGGGAAUAUAAAAGCAGCACCUUGCCCCACAGAUACAACCAGGCCAGCAAUGGUCUGUCCCCAAGCCCUUUCUCUACAUCCUCUGUCCACUGGGAUGCCCGUCCUCUUGUCUCUCCUCUGACUCUGACCCCAGCCAGAAAUUGUUUCAGUGCCACUCCACCUGUGAGUCCCUCUUGUUUUAAGUCUGGCAACCAUCAUCUUGCUCCAUCCUUCACCAGACAGACCCUCCUCCAAUCUGAGGAGGCAGGGAGUUUUUCCAAAGACAGAUUAACUCUCCCACAUCUCUCCUCAAAGCACCAGAGACAUGAAAGGGUAGAGGGAGCACCAGAGGGCUAUGAUUAUUCACCACAAUCCACAGUCUUAGAAAUGCAAACGAAUGAUUCACGCUCUGAGGCACAGAGACAGAACAGUCUUAGUCAUGGCAGCGUUUCAACGCUGUCUUUCCAGAGCAAUAAAUAUACAGAAAGCUCUAAUUCGGCUCUCGAUGCAGUGCCAGACUCUUCAAAAGCGGAGGCAUCAUUCCCCCAGCCCACUGAUGAGGACGUGUGUGUUGAGAUGAGUGUGGAUGAGCCAGAGUUGGAGGUGUGCGUAAUGCGGCCUGCAAAGCCGAUGCUGCACAGUAGAAUCGCCUCCCAUGUGCAACACGGGUGCUCGCUGACUCGCGGAGGCCAGUAUGAAGACAUGAGGAGGAGUGCAAGCUUAAACUGCCGUAGUCCUGCCUCUGUGGACCGUAUUAUCAGGGUCCCAGCUUCUCCACAGCCUCCAGAACCAGAACUCUGGAGAGCUGUGAACAAAAGAUCAAAACUCUGGGACUCUAAACAGCGAAGUCAGAGCCUAGACUUGAGGAGGCGGAAAGAGAGCAAUUUCCUUACCCCUGAUGCUUGGAUAGACUCACUCAGCCAAGAGAACUGCUCUGUUGCAUCUUCCCAUCACCCAGACACACUAUUUUGGGAGCGGCAGAGCCUUCCUGCCAGGAGGAUCUCCAAGUCUCCUGCGAUUUCUCCUUCUGCUCCUCAACCUGCCUCCCGUUCAUCCCCUGCUGUGGUCCCUUUAUCCGCAAGGAACAGUCCAGAGAGGCCCAUACUAAAUCCUGAUGUGCCUUGCCCUUACGAGCCAAGGAGAGGGGAGUCAAUCAUUCCAAAUGCUGCCAAAUGGCCAAUCACCUAUCAUCAGGAGGCCACGAAGGAGGCAGAAGGUUACUUGGAGGCCAUGAAGGAAGCUUCCAGAUGUUUCCCCUCCAACAACAAUGAUCGAGAGGUACUGGAAGUGGAGGCAGGAGGCUAUGAGGGCGUGCCAGAGUCUGGGAGCAGCUACAGCAGUUACGCCAGCAGUGGCCGAGGCAGCAUGGAGCCCGCUAACAGACGCCUGUCUUUGUGUCAGCUUUCCCCAACCCUCACCAGCUCACCUGAGACUGUAGAGGAGAGCCAGGGGAAUACAGAGGACAAGCACAGUCACCAAAUGGAACCAAGCCAAAGGAGGAAGGCCUCAGUUGAUGAGAAUUAUGAGUGGGAUACUGCUGAUGUCUAUUCACAGCCUGACUGUGAUGAGGUGCCUGAUGGCCUGCUUCCUUCAUUGAAUCUGCUGAAGCCUCCUCCGUGCCGUAGCCUUCCCAGCAUGCAGUGCUCCACUAAGGCACUGAAAAAUUGCACUCAGCUGUCUUUCCUCCCAGGGCAUCAAAGCAGCUGCUCUGCUGAGCCAGAACCAGACACUGUGCUGUUCUGACAGCGCCAGCCUUCGGCUCAUCUCACUGGUGUGUCCUUUCACUUAUUGACUCGCAUCACAAGACGACAAAAAGUGCAUGUGGCAUAAAGUGAGCUUUUGUCUGAUUGAUUGAAUUUCCUUUUUGAAACCAAAAAAGGGGGUGAAGCAAAAGCACAGAAUGGCUUUUCUGGGGAUGUUCUGUUUGGUCUCUCUGUUAAGCUUCACUUAAAAAAUAAUAGUUUUCAACACAUACGGGUCUUAGUAAAAGUAAUGGAGACACAGAAUCACCCUGAUGCAUAGCUUUAAAAGUUGGCUUCACUUUGUAACCUGUCAUCAUCACUCUUUUCAACAUUUUCGUUGGAGACAGUCUGCCAAUCUGCUGAUAUCAAAACAUCUCUCUGUGUAGAUGAAUUCGCCACGUUCUCUGAUGUAGUUUGAUAUGCAUUCAUCAUCCAGGGAUGACUCAGUGGCCACACAAGGGACAAAACGAUCUCAGUCAUCAUCAAGUGACUGGUUCAGGCUGUGGGUGAUUAAGUUUUUAGAUAUCAUCAAUCACCUAUGAAUUUAACAAAAGAGGUGUUUAUGAAAUGCCAAUAAAUAAGGAAGAUUAAUAGAGUAUAAAAGGUGGUGCUACACUGUUACUGCUUUGCUUACUGUUCCUCAAAGUAUAAUUUCCCAACAGAGGUUAUUAUCUACUUUUUCAUCCUUAAAAUACAGUGAAUUUUUGGAAUCCAAACAUCUACUCAGUCUGGAUGAAAGCCCAAGUUUCCUCUCCAGGCUGUCUCCUUGUUCAGUGAAGCAAGACCUCUAAUUAUGUUCGGUAAUUGAAGAAUUUAACUUGUUGGGUUUGUCUUUGCUUAUUCUUUUUUCUAUAGACAUGAACAGAAAUGAGUUAGUAUUUUUUAUUUUGACUUUGAUUUGCCAAGGGUCAAUUCACAGAAAGAUUACUGCCUUUUCCUCCUGACUAUACCUGCCUCAUACUCACACAUAGACACUUGGAAGAUAACAGUGGUACUUAUUGAGUGGUUAAAUGCCUUCCUUGUUGGAGGGCAUGUCAACACAUCCUUCUAAGGCUAAGAGUUCUGUCAUAACUGUAUUUAUAACAGCAAACAUUCAGACCAAAGUCUAUUCAUUUCAAUGGCGUCCCUGUGAUGGGUUCACCUACAGAGGUGGAGUAAAUUUGAAUGGUGCUCUAAGCUGUGUUCAUGUUAUAUGGGUAAUUAAUGUAGUUUCAGUUUUCAUCAUAUAAAAAACACUGUUCGCAUCCAAGUUGUAAUUUUAUCUGGAAAACUAGGACCAAUAUGUAUCUGACUGGGUGCUAAAUAAUAUGGAAGUGCCUAAAGAGACAAACACAAAUGCUUCACACCAGUUAAACUCCAUUGUUGUAUGUAAUUGAUAUAGUAUUAUACUAUAUAUAUUGCCCAAUUCAAGACAGGUUUCUGAUUGCAGAGUUGAUCACAGGAGGGUUAAAAAUACAAUGCACUGACAAUACUGUAUAUAUAAAAAUAGGGGUUAGUAGUUUCAGUUAUGACCCCUGUAAGCAGUGCAGAAGCAGUGCAGACAGAGCUUUCCUCUCUUUGCCACAACCAAUGGUAGCCACUGUGCUGUUGUUGAUACUUAACCAAGCUUCCAGCACCAACGAUUUGACAAGAAAGUGCAAAUGAAUUUUGCUGUGCUACUUUCUGGUGUGACUUAGCACUCACAUGUGUGAGGAGUGUUGUUUGUUAACAGGCAUAACCGUAGAACACAGUUAAUUUGCAUCCAGCAUGAUUUGAUUAUUUUGUUUGUGGUAUACAGUGGCUUCUGCGAGUAUUCAAACCCUUUCACUUUUUGUUCAUUUUAUCAUGUUGUAUAUUUAUUUUCAAAAGGAUAAAAUUGACAUUUUUACCUUUAAUCUACACUCAGAAACCCAUAAUGACAAAGUGAAAAAAGAAAAUAGAAAAAAUAGAAAUUUGCACACCUGAACUUGGGCAGUUUUUUCUGGCAGAUUCUCUUAAGCUCCAUCAGUUUGGAUGGGAAGUGCCUGUGAACUACCAUGCUUAGGUUUGCCUACAAAUGUUCUAUAGGGUUUAAAUCUGGCCUCCUGAUUGAUGGAGUGCUGCUGAGAUAGUCAUCCUUUACAGGUUCUCCCAUCUCUGCAGAAGACUUCUGAAGCUCAGAGUGCAUGUUGGGUUCUUGAUCAGGGCCUCAUGCCACUUACUCAGUUUGGCAGGAUGGCCAACUCUAGGAAAAUACUUUUUUCAUUUCACAAUUAUUGAGGCCACUGUGCUCCUGUGAACACUCAAAGUUUUAGAAAUGGUUUUAUACCCUUGCCCUGACCUAUGCAUCGCCAAAGUUUUUUCACAGAGGGGUCCUUGGUUUUUGUCCUAAUAUGCAGACAGAAUUGUGAGACUUUAUAUACACAGAUAUAAACCUUUCUAAACUGCAUCCCAUCAGUCCAUUUUUUCCCACAGCAAAGGGUCUGAAUACUUUUGUAAAUGAGAAACUUCAGUUUUUGAGUUUUAAUGAAAUUUGCAAAAGAUUUCUGAAAAACAUGUUUUCACUUUGUCAUUAUGGAUAACUGAAUGUAGAUUGAUGGCCACUGUUUAUUCUGUAUUGUGAUACAUGUUGAUACUGGAAAAUUGGACACACUGAAAGUGAUGAUUUUCCUUAGGUUCCACAUCCCAGGUUAGAUCAAGAUAGUUGCUGUUAGUGCUUGAGGAAUCAACCCAGUGACUAUUCAGCCAUGAUUCUGCCCCCACUGCCCCAAACCUACUGAGAGAAACAUGCUUAUGCCUCAUGUUCUCUUUUUGUUGUGAACAAUGGAGGAAAAAGGAAAAAUGGGGUUUGCUUGCUGCUCUAGCUCAAGGCCUUCACAUUAGUCAACCAAAUAAUUAACUCAGAACUCUACAGUGUACCAGAGCAUUGUGGGGUAUCCAUCCUAUAAUUGAAAUUCACUCAUAGAGGCUACAUUUACUGCAAAUCAAUGUUUCACUUCUGUAGAACAUUUUCAUUUCCUGGUGUACACAUAUUGUACCUCCAGUCCAUAAAUGAUCAAACCCCACGUGCUGCUCUGGGGAUUUGUAGUCAGCACUACUUUUUUGCCUAUGUUUUUGAAAUUGAAUCUAAAUAUUGUGUUUCCAGUACAUCAAACAUGGAAAAGUAUGCAAAAUGUAUACUGGAUAUAAUACUUUUAAAGAAAUAAUUCUGCCCAUUUUUGACAGUCAGGGCUAAAAAACGAAUAACAUAAAUCUCUUGGGAACUAUGGUAUGUUGUAUUUUGAAUAGUCUUGAGGAUUCAAUCAUGAAAUGAUCUUGCAGAGAGUAUGAAAAAACACUAGAUGAUAUAGGAAUAGAUAAAUGGUACCACAGGAUACAACAGCACAACAGAAUGAAACAUCACAAAGGAAACCUGUUCACAAAGAGAUGUGGACAAGAGCGUGGCCUCAUAAAACUGAUUGUUAUUCUGCUGCCUUUUUCAGUUAUUUUGUGUACUUAGGGGGAUUAACUUUAAAGCAAGCACACUAAGCAUUAAGCAGUGAAUGAAUCAUUUGCAAAUGCCAGGAUGCCAUUCUCAAAGCUAGAAACUAAUCAAGGUCUUAUGAAAAGAAAUGUCAUACACAUAUUGGAAGUUUACCCAUAUGGUUAACUGACUCUAUGUUACCUUUGUUCGACACUCGUCAGAAUUAGUGACUUAACUGUCUAUAUGAAAGUGAAUGUCAACUUUCCGAGAGUGGACUCUCUGUAUUUAAAACAAUUAUGUGGUCAUAACAUUAUUCAAAAUAUUAACAUGGCAAGUUUUUGUUCUUAUAGAAAUUAAAUCAGUCUGAGUGAAUAUUAGUGUCUUUAUAAAACUACCUCUCCAGGGUUCUUAGAUUCAAUGUAUAGUCAUCAUUUUCAUUUUUUUUUUGUUUGUUUUUAUUAUUCUUUCAAAAUCAGAUUUUCACACAGUUUUAAAUUUAAAACUGAUACAUUCCCAGAUUUUCUUAAAGCCCCUGAAACCUUUCUUGAAAUCAUAAGUAUUUCUCUACAACUUAAAUUUACAGAACAUUAAAUAAAGAUACUAAGUUCUUAAAUUUAAAGACUUAAAUUCUCAAUAACUGGAACUCUUAUAUAUUUACAUGACUGGUCUCAUCAGGACUGCAUGGGUGUAAUUUUAUCAGAUUUGACACAGAAACCAAAAACCCACCAAUUGUCAUCAGAUUUUAAUUCAAAUGUUGCUUAGCCCUGAUUGGUGCAAGUGUAUGGCAUCACAGUUUUCCAACUGAGCCCUGCCCAUUUCAAACCAGUGAGAAGAGAACAGAGAAAAACAAGAAAAACAGAAAGCUCUCAAAUGAAAUUACCAACACUGUUUUACCUUUGAAAUGAAUUGUUAAUUGUUUAUUGUUCUCAUAGGAGCCAGUUGCUCAGUGUUUAGAAGCUGACUGAGAAAAAGGGUUUUCUAGGUCUGUUGUGGUGUUCUCCUGUUGGAUUACAUUAAGGUAUUCAAGUACAGCAAUGGCGAUGCUCAAAAAGCAGACCUGAAUCAACACCUCCUUUGACUAACCUCCUUUGUCUGUCUGCUGGUUUUUCAAAGCAGCAACAGAUACUCUCUCCUCACUCUGCUCCUUUUACACAGUGUAAACCACAGAAACUAUCUGUGAUGGUGAAGAGAUAUACAGCUCCAUUCUGCUCUUUUGACACAGAGUGGGCAGCUGACUUCAUUGACUGAUAAAAUACUUGUCUUACAUUUGAACCGGCUCCCAAUUAUACUAAUGGUAUUAGUACCGCAGCACCAGACAACCCCCUAUCCCCAGAAAACGAUCAGAGGUAAUGUCACAGUCAUCUUUUUUAAUCUUCUGCAAUUCCAUUUAUUUAGACUUUUAUAUCACAUUGACAUCAGACAUUAUGGGGUGGGACAAACACGUAUUUCUCAUCUGUCUGUGGCUGUAGAGUUUUCACAAUGCUGAGAGCAAACCACUGAAAGCAGUAAUGAGUGUGUACAAGUGCAGCUGGGGCACGGAAUACUUCAACAGCUUAUUUCAAAGGCGAACACUCGUGGCAUUCAAACGCCAAAACAGUAGUUCACCUCGACAGGUAACAAUUGUUUUUGUUUUUCAGUAUGCAGGCAUGCUAUGAAUUUAACACCUUUGUAUUCACUGGUAUUCAGGCAGCACUUUCUUCAGUUCAGUUUGUAGGUUUUUCAUUUCGUUUGUCAUUCCUUUUCUAAGCUUUCCGUACAAGAAGUGACACAAUGACAGCUUGAGAUCAAUCCUGUUAUAUAUGGGUUGGAAUCCUUUAUGCUAUUGCAAAUGCCACACAAAGUUAAGCUUAAUUAAAGCUAGACUAACUGUAACUUUAAGUCGUAAUCUGUAAAUUUUGGAGGAGGGUAAAUGCUCCUUGAGCAGUUACAGCCAAACAAACUUUUGUUAGUUGUUUUAGUGAAGAAUUCAGUCAAUAAUUGGCCCAUUUCCAUCGCACCAUGAGCAACUGUGAUUUGAUUUUAUGCAGCAGGUGUAGUUUUCCACACAAAGCAAUUUGAUGACCUGCGGCUGGUCCUUCUUUUUUUGUAACUUGCUACAAUAUUUGAAACUCGUGCUGACAAAAAACCUUGUAAACACAUAUCUGAUGAAUGAUUGUUGUCAGCACUGACCUAGGUGACAAACAUAUUGUGUUUCACAAUAAAAGCCAGCCUGUGUUUUAUCUGUUGAGGCAGGCACCUGGUGAAGCAGCAGCAGUAGGAAAUGUUGGGUUUUCAUUAGCAUCGAGUGGGUUACAUGCUGCACUGUUUCCUAUGACUUUGUACGUAUGAAAGCAGGUUGAAUCUUGUAUGGCGGACUCCGCCACUAACAACAAAACUCUUGUACUGAUAGGUAGUAGCGGAAAAACAAUGAAUGGCUGUUGCUAUAAUUGAUAUUUUUUAUAUGACCAUGUGAAGACAAUGUAAAAAGAGCUGUUCAUAGUGAUGCCCUACAAAAAAAUGAUCACCCUAGUCUAUGGUUCCCCUCAGCUAUAGAGCUCCAUAGUGAGUUUCAGCUAAUUGUUUAGCUGUCUGGCUUGAAAAUGCACUGUUUCGAUUCACACUCACGUCUCUCAUAGCAUUGUUUUCAGCCACAGCAGGCAGCUGCUUUCACCGAAAAAAAACAUUAAAAGGAUCAGCAACUGACAAAGACUGACAAAGUAUUGUACAGUGAAAUAGCAAGAUAACAUCAUAAUCAAAUUAUAAAAAUUUUCAAUAAACGACCUGAGGAGUUACUACAACAUAGAGAUUACACAUUAAAUGCACACACGAUAGGUUUCUAGUGGGAGUUCAGUGACAUUGUCAUAUUGUGUUCCACUGUGAUGCAGUCGUUUAUGUUUCAUUUAACCUUGCAGACAUUCAUAAUUAUUUGUGUUUUUACAUCUUCAAGUGGACUACAGCAGGUAAUUUAUUUUGCAUGGCAGAAAGAAUGAGGAAGGCAGUUAGUGCUUGUUGCUUGGGAUAAGCUGCAACUAUUAUCUCCUGCCAAGUGUAAAAUUAGAGUGAUUAUCAGCAAUAUUACCGUAGAAAUAUGGUCGGACGUGGAUAAUUUAAAGAUUGAAACCCAAAUGGGAGUUUUUCAAUCAGUCUAUCUGCACAUCCAGCAUUCAGUCUGAGAGGCAAGAAUUCACAACAUGUCAGCGAAGUUAAUUACCUCAACGAAUGCCUCCCAGCAGAGUGUGGAAAUAAUAGCAUCAGGGGAGAGAAUGACUUCUCUUCUGCUGUAUUGGUUUUAUAGUACAGCAGAAUCUUUCUUAACCCCUGUUUCGCUUUAAUUAGGCUUUUGUCCAAGAGACAGACUUUUUGAAAAACAUCUGUGUUCUUCUUAUCCCAUGAGCGGUAACCUUGCAGUAAGAGUUUCUUAUUCUGUCAGUGAUUACAAAGCCUGUUCAUUGAUGACCUUAUUAUAAUGGGUGGUUUUUGUGUUUCCUUGAGACUCCAGUAGUAGAAAAGGAUAAUUGAGCCCAAUUUUUCACAUGGCCUGUCAACAUUAUUGAAGCACUUUUCAGGUUUUUGAUUUUUGACAAAUAUACAUAUAUAUAAGACUGUUAUGAAAGUAGCUCUCCUUUUAUAAACUAAAAUAACUGUAGCUAAAGCCUUUGAGGUUUGGUCUCCCUUUCCAAGUAUGCUAAUUAUUUUUUUUAGUAUAAAUAAAAUAUAUACAUUUUAUAUUCUCUAAAACAUAAGAUAUACAGAUGUAUAUUAUUAAGAUCAAGCAUAUAUUUGUGAGUACUGUUUGCUUUUGUAAAUUAUUAUACAAUUCUGGGUUUGCUUUGCUCUCGUUCCUGUGAUUUCUCAAACUUGCAGCCAAGUUUGCAACAAUGUUUACAAAAACAACAAUAUAAUAACACAAUAGAAGGAAAAAUAUGUCAAUAAACAUUUAGACUGAUUCAGUUUUUUUGUUAGGUGCUGUUCUUGUUUAUGUUUGGAUGAAGAAUUAUAGUUUUUAAAUCUUUGGUCUAGUUUUCAAGUUAUGUUUUGUCAUGUCAAACUGUAAGAUUUGCAUGUUAACAUUUGAUUAUGAUGAUGCAUCUGUAGGUUUCGAUUGGAAUACAGCUUUAGUUUAUUAGUUUUUUAUGUUUUGUGUAUGUGUGUGAUGUAAAAUGAUAACUCUGAGACACUUGUUGGGUAAAUACCACUUACAUGCACUCCCUGAAUCAGGGUCUCAUAUUUCAGAAAAAAAAUGCAUUCUCUGUCUCUUUACAUGAUAUAUUUGUAAAUCUCUUUGAUCCUCUGUCCUCCACUGCCUCUCCUGUUUUCCCAACAUUAAUCAUAGUUUUAAGCCCAACACAGUAACACUGUAUGUACUUAUUUUUUGUCAUAUUUUAAUAAAUAAACCUGAACUUA